GCUAUACACAGAGAAAUCUCACGAAAGCAGCGAAAAAAGUGGAGUAUAAUUUCAGUGGCUGUCGGUAGCGGUUAAUAGUGCGUUGCUUUGAAGCAGCUGCUGGGCUUCUUCCAUGGAGUUCUCCACCUCGUUAAGCUUUUUCCCAACACUAUCAAAGCCUCCAUUAUUCCACACUAGUAGUGUAUCUAUAUCUCUACAUAGCUGUAGUAGAAGGAAUACGAGGCCUUUAACUGAAGCCUCGGGUUUCUCUUACCAGAAAUUCGUUCACUUCGCUUUGGAUGAAACCAAACGCCGUACCCAUUUGGUUUCUUCGCCCUUGAAGGAUAACUUCAUUACCUCGAUUCCAAUGGAUGGGAAAACACAACUUCAGAUAUUAUCUUUUGAAGCUCCCAAGAUCAGACUCCUUCGUAGUUUGUGUGUCGAAGGGAAUGAAACAAUGAAGGUUUUGGAUUUUGCUGCGUUCCCGAAACCAGAAUUUGAUCUACCUAUUUUCUGUGCCAACUUUUUCACCACUGCUAGCACGAACAUAGUUGUAUUGGACCUUAACCCCUUGCAUGAUGUCAUUAGUCGAAGGGAUUACAAGGAGAAGUACUAUAAGAGCUUGUUGCCUCUUGGCCUAAAGUAUGCUGAGCUUUUACCUUGGGGAGGAAAGAUUACAAGUGAGUCACUGAGAUUUUUCUCACCAAUUGUCAUAUGGACAAGGUUUAGCCCAAGCGAAUUCAACUAUGAAGUUUUGUAUUCUGCAUUCAAGGAUUACUUCAAGGCAUGGCUUGACCUAAUGGAUUUAGCAGGAGAGGAAGCCAGUGAUGACCAAAUUUUACACAAUUGUGAAGCACAACAUAGAUAUUUAGCUUGGAGAGCUGAGAAGGAUCCAGGCCAUCGAGUUCUUAAAAAGUUGAUUGGGGAAGCUAAUGCAAAGGACUUGGUGAAGAACUUCCUAUUCAAUGGAAUUGACGAAUUAGGAAGUAAGACAUUUUUGGAUUACUUUCCUGAGUACCAGUGUGAGGAUGGGACUGUAAAUGAGAAGCGCAGCAUCAUCGGGAAAUCAUUUGACCAUCGGCCGUGGGAUGCAGCUGGAGAAUUUGUUGGUAACAACUUUAGAUAGGCAACGUGCAAUAUUAUUAUUGCAUCUUUACCUUAUUUCCAGUCUCACAUUCUGUCCCACCCCUUGUUAUGUCGCAAGUUCUUGUUUCUCGUAGUUCUAUUUCCCGUUCCACUUCGUGUAUUGUAGUCUGAGUUCUACCAACUUCGGUUUGGGUUUAGUGAAAGACGUACUGUAUUAUCGUCCAUGGGCUAAUUUUACGUUUUGGCUAUCGUUCUUGAAACAGAUUAUGUAAUUUUAACGGAAAGUUAAAUGAGAUGAGAGAUAUUUAAUAAGAAAUGAGAGAUUUUAUA